GUGUAUGCAAUAUUCGUUCGAGUGUACAUUGUGGGUGCCAAGCGCACACCAUUUGGUGCCAUGGGAGGCAAGUUGAAGAACCACACACCAACACAGAUGGCUGUGGUCGCAGGGAAGGCAGCUCUGGAGAGUGCAGGAGUGAAGCCUGAGAACGUGGAUGUCUGUGUUGGCGGCAUCGUAAAUCAGGUUGCUGCAAAAGACACUCCGUAUUGCUCAAGGCACGUGGCCCUGCACUGUGGUCUACCACAGAAGACACCGUCGCUCAAUGUCAACCGGCUCUGUGGCUCAGGCUUCCAGGCGGCCGUGAAUGGCGUGCAGGAUAUCCUCCUUGGAAAUGCAGAGAUUGCACUGACCUUUGGGAGUGAGAACAUGAGCUUGAGUCCCUUCAUCAUUAGGGAUGCCAGGUUUGGUGUCAAGUUUGGGCUCCAGCCUGAGAUGGAAUGCUCCUUGCUGGCCACACUGACAGACAUGUAUUGCAAGUUGCCCAUGGCAAUCACUGCGGAAAACUUGGCCGACAAGUACAAGAUCAGCCGUCAGGAUGUGGACCAUUUUGCACUGCGGUCUCAGAAGCGAUGGACCGAAGCAAACAAGGCCGGUCGGUUCAAAGAGGAAAUAGUGCCGAUUCCAAUCAAAGUGAAAGGAAAGGAGGUGCUGUUCGACACUGACGAGCAUCCCAGACCCGACUCAACAAUAGACAGCCUUGCCAAGCUGCCUGCCCUGUUCAAGAAGGAUGGCACAGUCACAGCUGGCAAUGCUUCGGGGAUCUGUGAUGGAGCCGGUGCUAUUGUUGUCGCCAGUGAAGAUGCCGUCAAGAAACACAACCUGAAGCCAUUAGCAAGGAUAGUGGGCUACAGCUACGUAGGCGUCGACCCGACAAUCAUGGGCAUCGGGCCAGUUCCAGCCAUUCGGCAGCUAUGUGAAAAGACCGUCAAGCUCCAGGACUUGGAUUUGAUCGACGUGAACGAGGCAUUUGCGUCCCAAUUUCUUGCCGUCGAGAAAGAACUGGGCGUGGACCCGGAGAAGAGCAAUGUUAAUGGGGGAGCCAUCGCACUUGGCCAUCCCGUGGGCGCUAGUGGUGCCCGCAUUUUGGCUAACAUCACCUACGAGUUGAGACACCGCAAGGGGAAAUAUGCCGUAGGUUCGGCCUGCAUCGGCGGUGGUCAAGGCAUUGCUGUGAUGAUUGAGAAUGUCUGACGGAGCACCUCGGCAGUAGACAUCCACUUGACUUUGUUCACGACUUUAUUGUGACAGACGUAUUUUUUUAUUACGCAGGACGAGCAUUUCUGGAAUCGUCAAUAAGGCAUAUACAAUACACAUGUACAUCUUUGUGCUUUUCUACAUCUGUAUAAACGCAGCUUUUUUAAGAA